UAAGCGGACGUGUAUUUGGGAUCCCAAACUUUCGGGAUACAAGAGAUCAUUUCUCCGUGGAAUCACUAAUUCUUUCCUUCUGUCCGUACCUUUCCCCCUUUUUUUAUUUUUAGGUUCAUGUUGUUUUCUUCGCUUUUAUUUUUUGCUCUUGGAGUUACGACAAGGACCGUUUCUUUUAUCGAAGAGGGAGACUUAAAAAAACAGUUUUCUUCAAACUUCGGUACUUUGGACGAGAACUUCUAAGGAUGUCGGAAGAAAUAAAAACAGUGUGUUUGUUACUUUUAAUUGUGUGGUGUGCGUUGGCGCAGGAGGUGUAUCACACUGAAAAUGAAGACCCCAUUUUUGAGGAUACAGAAAUUCCUGUACCAUACAAAACAGUGUCUGGAGGACACAUGAACUUACCUUGUGACAUACAAUCAACAAUACCGGAUGACGAGGUUUAUCUUGUAUUGUGGUAUAAGGAUGAAAUAGCCAUGCCUAUCUACAGCCUGGAUGCCAGAAGAGGAAAGCUAGGCCAGGCCAGGCAUGCUUCCUCCGAAGAACUGACUGGUAGAUCUUUUUUCAGUGCCAAAGAACACCCAGCCGUCCUACAGAUUGAUAGAAUAUCCCUUGACGACGAAGGCAUAUACCGUUGUAGAGUUGAUUUCAAGAAGGCCAGAACAAGACAUUCGGCCAUACUUGUCACAGUUGUAGUGCCUCCGGGCGUGCCCAUCGUUAAAGAUAUAAACGGCGAAGUGCUUUCUGGGAUAAUAGGACCAUACAAUGAAGGGGAAGGUCUGCAUCUGAUCUGCGAAACAGAAGGAGGCAAGCCAUCCCCUUCAUUGUUGUGGUACAAAGGACCCAGCAAAGUGAUAGAUGACAGCUACGAAAUAAUGUCACCCUUGAUAAUACGGAACGAGUUGGUAAUCUCGAAGUUGCAACGCCGAGACCUGAUGGCAACACUGACGUGUCAAGCGAGUAAUAACGAAAUAUCGCCGCCUGUGCAAAGCUCUGUUAUUCUCGACAUGAAUUUUAAACCAGUAACUGUUUCGGUCAAAGGAAAACGGAAACGGCUCUCCGCUGGGAAGAUCGUCCAGUUCGAGUGUGAAGCUAGAGGUUCCAGGCCACCAGCUGUAAUCACUUGGCGAAAAGGCAGCCAACGCCUCAAGAGUUCUGUGGAUAAAAUGACCCCACAAGGAAAUGUAUCCACCAGUAUCCUAACCUUGACUCCAACGAGCGAGGACAAUGGCAAAUUCAUCUCCUGCCAAGCGGACAACGUACGGAUUCCUGGCAGUGCCAUCGAGGACAGCUGGAAACUUGAAGUACACUAUGUUCCUCAACUGAAUCUCCGCCUUGGCAGCAAACUCCGUCAUUCCAACAUUCUGGAAGGCAACGAUGUAUACUUUGAAUGCAACAUAAGGGCCAAUCCUUGGGUGUCAGAAACCGGUUGGAAGUUCGAAGGGCGUGAACUUGUCACCAAUAUAUCUGCUGGUGUCAUCGUUAGCAACCAAUCGCUGGUUCUCCAGAGGGUCCACAGGAGCAACAGGGGGAGGUACAGUUGUACGGCAACCAACAGUGAAGGACAAGGCGAAAGUAACCACGUCUACUUAAGAGUGCAAUAUUCCCCUGUGUGUAAGAAGGACCAAGAAACUACUUACGGUGCCAUGCUUCAUUACCCGGUUCAGAUCUCAUGCGAAGUGGAAGCAGAUCCAGACGAUGUUAAAUUCCGGUGGGAAUUCAAUAGCUCAUCAGGAAAUCUGGAACUUGUGCCAACUUCACUUUUCACUUCGGGGACGAAAAGUCAAGUCCACUACAUACCUCGAUCUGAAAGUGAUUUCGGAACACUACUCUGUUGGGGUCGAAAUAGCGUGGGGCAGCAAAGGGUGCCGUGCUUGUUCUUCGUUGUUCCUGCAGAAACACCUCAUCCUGUCCACAACUGUACAGUAAGUGAGGAAACGGAAAAUUCUUUCCGGUUGUCCUGCAUGGAAGGCAAGAAUGGUGGUCUCCCUCAGUACUUCUUCAUGGAAAUCCGAGAUAUGUCCAGUAACGUACUUCAACAGAACGUGUCCGCUCAAACUGCAGAUUUCACUGCCAGAGGCCUUUUCGCAGGUUCCACGUACACUGUGUCCAUAUUUUCUUACAAUGCCAGGGGCAAGAGUAAACCGGUGGUUAUUCAAGUAUCGACUGCUGCAUCGCCAGAAAGCCAAACGAGACAAGAUGACAUGUGGCAACUAAGCUUAAAUCCAAUGCUUCUUAUCUUAUGUGGAGCCGUUGGGGGUCUUCUAUUUGUCAUUCUACUCAUCGUUAUUCUAAUAAAAGUUCACAUUGUAAGGUCUAGGAAAAAAGAUAUAGCUUCAACAGCAGGAAAUGAAAAGUCGAUUCCGAGCUCGGAGAAGUCUGGAGAUAACUGUUCCGAAGGUUGCAACUGCUCGGGAAGGGAAGAGGAGAAGAUCCGAGAAAAUAUUCCAGACGUCGUCGUAUUCAGCGAAAAAAUGAAACCUGGUGAAGAAGAAGCUUUUGCCACAUACACCGCAGAAAACGUUCACUGGAACCGUAUUUCUGCAGCACCAACAGAAGAGUACUUAUCACCUCAAGUUAAAAUGAAGCUUCAGAGCACCAAAGGUCCAUGGCCCCAACAGUCCGGCGACUGGCCUCCACAGUCCAUGGAAGCAGUCCAGCUGCAAUUUCACAGACCAGCGGAGGACAGCAGUAGCCAGGACCCUCGGCUAACCUUGCCAAUGCACACGCUGCCAACGAUUGAGGAGAAUCCGGUGGUCAGCUCAGCAACGUCGCCGCCGACUGUGAUACCAAAACAGCCUAUCAUCAUGUCCGCGAGACAAACAGACGUCUGAUAGAAUUAAAAGGCAUAAAUGAUGAUGAUUUCUAAAAAUAAAACUGCGGACGCUACACAAAUCAUGUUUUCUGCCUGCAGCUAAGUCAAGUUCUGCGAACAUGGAUUUCUUAACUGAAAACAAUGCUUAACUGAAAACAAUGUAAAUGCUACAUUAAGAGCAUCUCAUUAAAUUCAUGUGGAGAGCUACAAGAGAGUGUUUUGAGCUUAUGAAAGAAUAUAUACUGCAUCGCUUUGCUAGGACAGAAUGAGAUAUGAAGAACAGGAUAUGGAAAAAAUAAGUGUCGCCAUAUAAAUUUUGACUCAUAUACUGUAUUUUAAACCAUAAGAAGCCACAUUUGAAGAAAAAAUAAUACUUAAAUAAAAAUCGUAUGUGAACAGAUGAGAGAUUUCGCUUGAAUUAUCGCCAUCUUUAAUAUCAGGAUGUAGAGGAAUAUAAACUUCUAAAAUCCUGUUCAUUUUCAUUUAAUUCGCGAUUUUGAGAGAAAAUCAGCAAUCUUUCAAGAAACAUCUAUAAUCAUUUACAGGUAUUUAUGUUAUUUUAUAAAUAUAUAUAUUAUCUAACUGAGGACCACAAAAGUAUGUCAUUACCUUUGCGAACUGCGCAAUCUGUCAUUUAUGACAUUUCAUUUAUCUAAAUGUGUUUUUGAAUGAAAGAAUCAUACAUUGCAGCAUUUUUUAAGAGUAUUUCUAAUAAAUAUUUAUUAACAUUUCAUAAUUUAAAGUUAUCUUUUGUUUAUUUGUUUAACAAAGACAUAUUAUUGGUAGGAAUUUUUACAAAUCCAAUCUAUGGGCAAAUUUUCUGACUGGUUUUAUGCUUUUUUUAAUGAAAUCGAAAUU